GAGGAGCCGCUGCAGCCAGCGGCGAGGACAAGAGCAACGGGGGCAAUAUCCCCGCACCCGUCUUCGAUGGCACGAGCAAGACCAUGAAGGAGCACCGCCGAGAGGUCGCCACCUGGCAGAUCGGCACCGAGGUCAAUCCGCCCAAGCAGGGAGCGACCUUGCUGGCCAGCCUCAAGGGCAAGGCCGAGGAGGCGUGCGAGGAGCUCGACCUGGACGCCAUCAAGGGCGACAAUUCGGUGGAGGUUUUCCUGGAGUACCUCGGGAAGCGCUUUCCCGAGAUCGAAGUGCUCGAGACCCCAGCGCUGCUGGAGACCUUCGUGCGCCCGGCCUGCGCCCGGCACAAGUACGAGGAUAUCCGCGACUACAACAACCGCUUCAAUGGGAUCGCCACCAAGCUGAAGGCCAAGGGCAUCCAGGUGCCCGACGAGGUCUUAGCCGACCUGUACAUCAAGGGGGCCCGCCUGCCCCCAGAGCGCUCGGCGAGCGUGCUCAACGGUGUGGGCAACCAGUUCAACCCCGCCAGGAUCCAGGAGCAGUUGAUGAUCAACUUGCCCAAGGUAUCGGUCGUGGACGGCAACAAGGACAGCCACGACAAAGGAGGCUACGGAGGUCACAAGAACAAGGGCCACAAGCGGGCGUGCGCUACGGGGACCUACGAGGAGGAUCGUAGGGCCGAGUUCGACGGCGCGUCCUCGGACAGCUCCGACAACUACGAGGACGAGCUGCCCGACGAGCUGCAGGACGCGAUCGACGAGGCGGAGGAGCAGGUAGUCUUCUUCACCAAGAAGAUGGUGCGCGCCAAGGACACGCUGAAGGGGGCGAAGCAGGCGCGCGGCUACUUCGCCAAGCGCGACGGCGGCAACCCGCCGAAGAAGGACGAUCCCAAGAUCGCCAAGAUGAAGGCAAGGACACACUGCGGCGCAUGCGGCCAGAAGGGCCAUUGGCGCGGUGACCCGCAGUGCUCGAAGAAGAAUGACCCUAAUGCCAAGGCCGACAUCCCGAAGAAGGGAAGCAACAGGACGAACAUCGCCACGCGCGAGACCAGCGAUGUGCAGGAGCUUCACGUGGCGGAGAUGACGGUCGCGGCGGUCUACCAGCAGGGCCAGCGGGCCGCGGCUCGCAACAGGAAGUACGGCGCGCUGCACAGCAUUGACUGGGCGCAGAUGCGCCAGGACCACCAGUGCCUGAUGGCCGCGACGAGCUCGGCGCUUAUCUAUCUCAGCGUCGAGGACCUGCUGAAGGAGUCGGGGGGCAAGCUGACCUUCGACGCGGCCUGUGCGCGGUGCGUCGGCGGCCUCGACUGGUGCAAUGACAUCAAGAAGAGGCUGGCCGCCUUCAACAUCCAGCCCAUCGAGUACCCCGAGAAGGAGCCGUUCCGGUUCGGAGCGUCGAAGGUGGUGUUCAGCCUCACAGCAGCGCUGAUUCCCUGUUCGGUGAACGGCAAGGCCUUCACCGUCCGCGCGAGCAUUGUGCGCAGCGCCGUGCCAGGACUGUUCAGCCGCAAGGCCCAGAGCGAGCUGGACGCAGUCUACCACGCUGGAGACAACAAGCUGGACAUCAAGUCGAUCGACGAGCACAACAUCCAGAUGGGCCUGGGCCGCGCCGGACACCCGACGCUGGACAUCGCAGGCUUCACGCCGAACUAUAAGCUCGUUUUGGACGUCCCGGAUACCAGGGCCGAGAUUCGUCUUCAUCCUUGCGCUUCUUACCAUGCUGAGGCAGCUGUGGCCAGCGCCGCCAAGCCGGUGGUGCCCGAGGCUCGCCGCCCAGGAGUUGCCUCGGAGGCCGACGAGUCUCAGUCGGAUACUGACUGCAAUGCGCUCGAUAGCGCCGAACUGUUCGAGCAGCAGGUGCGCCAGGAGACGAGCCCGGCGGGCAGCAACCAGAACUUGCCGACGACGAGUACUGCCCGUCUUCCGGCGAUAUCCAGUAUGCGGAUGCCGGAGCUGCAGGCCGAGGUUGCAAGCUACGACUUGGAUGCGCGCGACGCCACGCGCGACCAGCUCCGGGUGAUCUUGCGUGCGCUGAGGGCCGAGGGCCGCGAGAGCGCGCCGCAGGGCGACUACGCCCCGGGGCUCGGCAAGAAGAACAAGGAGGAGCUCCAGCAGCUGUGUCGGGACCGCCAGAUCGAGUUCGACCGGCGCACGCCCGUGCCGGAGCUCAGGCAGCGCCUCAAGGGCUGGAAGGUCGAGGACGCGGUCAGCAGUGCCGCGGCGACGGUGGCUCAUCCGAGCUCACAGAUCACGGGGGCCGACAAGAUGCGCUUCGGCAAGUACCCCACGGCGGACUACCGCUGGGUGCUCAAGAACGACCUGGGCUACGCGCAGUGGGCGGUCCUGGAGCUCAACAACAAUCGGGCAAGCCCCCUCUUGGCGCGGUUUGCCAGGUGGGUCAAGGCGCGCGGAGUGCAGCCCCUCCCCCCGGAGAAGGCCAAGACCACCUUGGAGGCAGCGAUGGCCGAGGAGGUGGUGCUGGACGACGAAUGGGUGGCGCCAGCGGCGACGACCGCGAGGGCCUCAGGACGCCAGGGGAGCUUGGCCGGGCAUCGGCGCCAGCGACCUCCGGAGCCGCACGAGAUGGACACCGGCGACAUGGGCAUCGAGAAGGCGGGCGAAACCGACAAGGAGAUCGCCCGAGCGGCUUCCGGGCGGCGGCCAGGCAUCAAGAAGGGCAAGCGCGUCGGCCUCCUCUACCAGGUCACGGGCUUGCUGAGCGCCUUCGCCUUUCAGGCGGUGCUCACCGCGGACUGGCUGGCUAGACCUCUCAAUCCCGUGGUGCAGCAUGCUACCAGUGCUGCGUGA